GUAAUCGACCGAAGUUGUUCCGAAUGGUCCAUUUCCUGCAAACUAACUUUUUCAAAAUGUCUGCGCCCAUUGGAAGGGUUACUCUCGCUUCAAAACCUGAUAUUUGGAAUUAUUUACGGCUUUUUCAUUAUUCUGUCAGAAAAAAAGUCUUCCAAACAAACACAUCAAAACGACAAAUCUCACAAAAAAUUCUGCAUACCAAGGUGUUAAAAAAUCCCAAAGAACUGCUGUUUGAAAAACUUCAAGAUGGUGAUAAACGAUUUGGACAGAUGAUAAUUGCUGCUAAAUCUCGUAAAGAAAGAACAAAGAAGCAAAUCAUUCUUCUGGAAGGUCACCGUCUCGUAUCGGAUGCCAUCAUAUCUGGGGCGGAGGCAAGAUGCAUCUACUUUAGCCAGCUCGACUCUUUGAAGAGAUUUCCUGUCCACCAGACCAGUGCUGCCCUCUAUAAAGUACAGUAUCGACACAUGAAGUUCUGGUCCGAUCUUGAGACUCCACCUGGCAUCAUGGGAAUAUUUGAGAUGCCAAAGGAAGGAGAGACUGUAAGUGAAUUAGAAAACCCUUUGCCAGUAACCAUCAUCUGUGACAACAUCCGUGAUCCUGGCAACAUGGGAACACUGAUUAGGACAGCCACAGCAGCAGGAUGUGAACGAAUUCUCACUACAAAGGGAUGUGUGGAUGUCUGGGAUCCCAAAGUCCUUAGAGCUGGAAUGGGGAGCCACUUCCACAUCCCAAUUUACAAUGGUCUUCCCUGGGAACUACUGGUCAACUAUUUGCCUGGUGAGACUCAGAUUCUGAUUGCCGACACGCUUCACAACAUUAGGAAGAGAGACCACCAGGCAGUUGAUGCCGACAUGUUGGAACCCUUGGAGGAAAGUCAUCAAUCAGAUGAGGAUGUCCAGUCAACUGACACUGAUCAAGAUGACAGUGAAUCUGAAGACAACUUGUUCAAAUCAGAUUCCCAUGACCGCGGAGAGACUGUGAACAGUAAACAGUUGAAUCGGUAUCACAGAAUUCCACUCCCUGCCUCGGUUUAUCAUCAGACUAAAUACCAGAAUCAAAACAUUGCACUCGUUAUCGGAGGAGAAACUCAUGGUAUUAGUGCUGAAGCAAAAAGGUUGGCAUUUGACCGUUACGGACAGUAUGUGACAAUACCUUUGUCUUCUGCUGUGAACAGUUUAAAUUCUUCCAUAUCUGGCAGCAUUAUCUUGUAUGAAAUACAUAGACAACUGAUGUCCUUAAAAUAAAAAUAUUAAAGAAACAAA